CUACCACAAUACCCUGCGAGGGGCAGCCAAUAUUUCAUCGGCUGUAUCUAAGACUCUAGGGCACGCAUAUCCUUCUCCCUCUUACUCCAAGGACAGAUUUCAAAGCACCAUCCCGAUGUUCAAUUUCCCUCCGUCAAAUUACCCGCGAGACAUAGCGCAGGCCAAAUAACUUCGCAAAGGAGGUUGUCCUUAUCAAGGAUGGGCUACAUUCCACCGGUGCAUGCGUUCGUUUCAUUCUACGAGCUUGAUCCUUCAUCGCGGCAGAAUUGCAUAUAUGUCCUCAGGAAUGGGAAUACAUGUCGAUGGCCUCGUAGCGAAAAACGAAACAAUCUGGCAGCCACACUUCGAAACAAGAUCGCAGCAACCCAAUCUGCAGAAGUGAGCCUUGACCUUCUGCAAGAGUAUAUCAGGAGCAAUUGUUGUAUGGGAGGGAAUGCCAAGCAUCAAGAACGCAUAGAGGAUGUCAACCUAUUGGAACCCCUUGCGCAACGAUGGCUGGAUGAGAUCAAUAGCCAUGCUAAGCUGGCAGUCUUCCCACCUGCCGCAGCCACUGCAGCUCGAAAACCGGCACCCAUAUUCGACAGAUCCUCCGUUAUUCCCUCUCCCCAGCAAUCGCGAUUUUUCUCGAGCGCACCUUCACCUCAACCUAGAUUUUCCACGCCUUCAGCCACUCCUUUAUCGAAAUAUCAUCAAUCUGAAAGUCGGCCGCGCUAUGGCCUUCGCAGUGGUGAUGCCGAUGGUUUAGUUUCUAGCUCGCAUCGGUUAUCGCUGACAUCAAAACCCCCAAUCUCAGAAUUCCGUCCCCAUGUUGCCAAUCCACUGCCUGGCGAUUCGGUUAUUGGGAAAAUCGUUGAACCACUUGUGGAUCGAGACUUUGAGACAGGAUCGCUCUAUAUCUUCAGCCGAGAAUCUUCUCCAGGCUACGUCAAAAUUGGCUGGACAGCACAGUCUAUACAACAACGUCUUGAUAAAUGGGCAAAUUGCGGAUACACCCCCAAUCUAUUGUUCAGCCUACUCUCUGUCAAAAACGCUCGGCGAGUCGAAACUCUUACACACUUCGAACUAAUCAAAGAAUGGCGUCGCGAACGUCGAUGCAAAGCCCCUCACUGCCUUAAGAGCCAUCAAGAAUGGUUUGAGAUCAGCAUAGAAAGGGCAGCCGCAACCCUCCAGAACUGGGCAGAUUUUAUGAACAGAGCUGAUCCUUACGGUGCCGAUGGAGUUUUGAAAUCUAGGUGGAAGAUCGUUGUGAAAAUGAUCGAAAAGAGGGACGGAUCUGUCACGUCGCAGAAAUUGUUGGAACGCUACGAGAAAAUGCGGCCAAAGGUGGCGACUCCAACUACGGCGAAAACCAGCCUGGAUCAAGCGUCAAAGAUCAAGAAGGAAGAAGAAACACCAGUUCUCUUGGAACAUAUACAUUUUGCAGAGCAAAAGACACCGUUGCGGCAAGACAACAGAUCACCAAAAGACAUCGAACAGGCAGUACUUUCCCCGGAGGACGACAAGCUCGAGAAGAUUGAGCCAAAUCCUACAAAAGAGUUAUCACCCUAUCCAGACCCUUUCAAGCAAGAGCUAUUGCCAGAAGAAAUACCAUUACCAAUUUCUCCAAUCUUACCGCCAUUGAUUGACAGCGCCAUCGACGCUGCUAACAUUGAUCUUGCUGCAAUAUCCGGCGCAGCAGAGACGUCUCAGCGUCCUUCCGAACGACUGGCCACAGAUGUAGCUCGAGUCCUGAUUCCGCUUACUUAGUAUCAAAGUCAAAUCUCCCGCAAACAAGCCUUGGUGUCCCCUUGAUCCAUCUUUGGGGUCUCCGCAUUUGCAAGCGGCAACUACAGGGACACAAGCGAAUGACGCGCGACUUUGUCGAAGCUGGCGUUUGAAGAGAUACGGUGCUGAGCCAUGUUUGGUUGCAUUCUCACAUUUGUUAUCCUGCGCUAGAUUCACAGAAAAGCACCAUGUUAAGCUUGCCAAAUACUCGGCCAGUGCUGAAUAAUGGUCGCUGGCGAGUCGAUCCUAACGUAAACAAUGUGAUCACCCUUGCGAAACCCA